AUGAAACAGAAGAACCAGGACGCGCUACCGGAUUGUGCCGAGAACGAAGACCCGCGAUGGUAUGCACAUGCAAACACUGCAGAGGCAUGGGACCCUCCUUGGUGGAAAUCCCAUGGCUCUGGUCCCGUCGGUGCACCGCAUCAUGUACGGGGGCACUUGUGGGACAGAGACGGGCAGAGAGGCCGCUCGCUUGCCAGAGUCUUCGAAGGCUACCCAGCCAUUCUUCGCUCACCGGGGACGGCGUUCAGGCAGACUCUGAAGGCCUGGCCUUCUGGUCAAAUAUGCCAAGGGACCGUCUCGGUCUUUCCUGAGCACGUCAUCGCCAGUCGGGCGAAGUAG